AUGGUGGAGAAGCACUCUGUAUUCUUCUUAUUGCUCUGCCUAACCUAUAUACUGUAUGUUCUGCUGGGAGCUGUUGUCUUCUCCACCCUGGAACAACCCUAUGAGGACAGACUGAGGUCACAGCUGGAGGCCCUAUGGAGUGAGUUUAUGGCCAGUAACCCCUGUGUGUCUGAGGUGGCUCUGGAAGAGUUUUUGCACAAGGCUCUGCUGGCUAAAAGCUUUGGGGUGUCAUUCCAUCGCAAUGUGACUGAAUAUACUACCAAGUGGGACUUUGUGGCUUCUAUCUUCUUCACAGGGACCACGCUGACCACCAUAGGCUAUGGUCAUCCAUUCCCAAUAUCAUUAGGAGGAAAAAUAUUUUGUUUGGUUUAUUCAAUAUUUGGAAUUCCGUUCACAUUGUCUGUCCUCUCUAUCACUGCACGCAACUUGCUCAUCUUUCUUCGGGACAAGCCGAUACACCACAUUCAACUCCGAUUCAACAUAUCGAGAAAAAAACUGGAGUGGUUACAUGCUGCCAUUUUAAUGUGCUUCUUAUCAAUUAUUUUCUUUUUUGUCCCCGCAAUUGUGUUUAAUGUUGUUGAAGGGAACUGGGACUAUGUAGAUGCUCUUUACUUUUGCUUUAUUUCUCUAACGACUGUAGGAUUAGGAGACUAUGUUCCUGGAGAGCAAAGUGGCCAAAAGAUGCCGGACCUGUAUAAGCUAUCUGUUACAUGCUACUUACUCCUGGGUCUUGUUGCUGUGCUCAUCAUCAUAGAGAUGCUGAAGAGUCUUCUUAAUUUCAAUCAAGUUUUCAACAUAUUUUUACUUGGAGGUGAAGAAAGCAGAAGAACUGAGGGAAUAGAGUGGGUUCUUCCACACGAUUCUGAAGGUCCGUGCAUGCAGCCGAAACCAGACGAAACAACCAGACGACGGCUCACUCACUCAUUAUCUCCUGAUAAAACAUAUGGGUCAAUAAAUACAUCAUAA